AUGGUAAUAACCGAAGAUAAUAUAAUCGGGUUUGUUCCUUCAAAUUACGUACGGAAAGAGUCGUUUGUAGAGAAGGCAAAAGGUACGAUAAAAGGUUUGGGUAAACCAAAUAAAUCGAAAUCUAAAUUACAAGAUUACCCACAGGGUUCUUACAACGCUUCCUUCUCAGAGCCUUCUUCAGCUCGCCCAGCUUUGGCUGCUGUGUCGAGUAACGGUACAUUUGAAAACGGUUUUGAUAGGAAAGUAAAAUCUGAUUUUUUGAUGACUGCAGUUGCCAAAUAUUCUUAUGAACCACAAAGGGAAGAUGAACUGCGGUUAACGAAGGGUGAUGUUGUUGAUGUUUUAGAAAAAAGUUCCGACGGGUGGUGGAAAGGCGUGUGUCAUGGCAAGACUGGGUGGUUUCCUUCAAAUUAUGUUGAUGAAUCUCCUCCUGCAACUUUUGCAUCGCCUAAGCAAAGCUUUGACAACGGAGCUAUUGUAAAAACGGCGAAAUGUAAUUUAAGUAUUCCCUCCUCAGCGCCAAAAGUAAUGGAAAUUGUUAUUGCACUUUAUGCUUUUGAUGCUCAGAGUCCAGAAGAAUUAUCUUUUCGGAAAGGCGAGAAACUUGAAAUCAUAGAACAUCCAGCACAUGAUCCAGAAUGGUGGAAAGCUAGGAAUGGGAAAGGCUGUGUUGGUCUGGUUCCUACUAAUUAUAUUGAAAUUGUUGAGGCUGGUGAAGAGAAGGCUGCCGCUCCCCCUUCAAGUGAGGAAGUGUUAGGUCCUGCUGCUAAUGAGCCUUAUUAUUAUGGCAAAAUAACGCGAAGUGAUGCGGACACUCAGUUGAAUGAUCGAGGCGAGGAAGGUGAUUUCUUGCUUAGAGAUAGCGAAAGUAAUGUUGGCGAAUUCUCGAUCUCGCUGAAAUCAAAAGAGCGAAACAAGCAUUUUUUGAUUAAAGUGGACCAGGCAGAGAAAAGUUUCAAAAUUGGAUCGCGUACGUUCCAAACAAUGGAUGCGCUUAUUAAACACUAUACGUCUAAUCCGAUCUACACGAACGAGCCGACCAAUGAACGCCUUUUCCUUACUCGAGCAUUGCCAAAAUAA